GAAAAAGAAGCCGGCCGAAACCUACCAAAUGGCGUGCGUAUCAACACUCCGAAUGGAGCGGCCACGGUCAUGCCGGUAUACAGGCCUGAAGACCUGUUCCGACUGGAUGGACGUACUGUGGUCGUGACCGGAGGGCUUGGCAGCGUCGGUAUGGGCCUCGUCCGGACACUGUCUUAUUACGGAGCCGAUGUGAUUCUGGUCGAUCUCCUUCCGUCGCCAUCGGAGGAAACAUGUGAGGUGUUGAAGACCGUGGCAUCGACUCACAAACGUGAGGUAUCGUACAUCUCAUGCGAUGUGACCAGCGAGGAGAGCGUCCUAGACGCCUUCAAGAAAAUCGAGUCCACCGCUUCGAUUGACAAUUUUCGGAAGAUCAUGGAAAUCAAUGUCACUGGAACCUUCUUGUGUGCCCGAGCGAUGGCGCGGAUUAUGCAUCGUCAAAAGGUAUCCGGAAGCAUUGUCAUGUUCGCCAGUAUGUCCGCAACAAAUGUCAACAAAGGAGUCGAUACUUGCGCGUACAACACAUCAAAGUCGGCUGUCCUGCAGCUCGCCCGCAGCCUGGCUGCAGAAUGGGGCCAUGAUGGCGAGCAUCCCCCGAUUCGGGUGAACACUGUUAGCCCGGGAUAUAUCAUGACGCCAAUGACUCGCCCAACGUUUGAAGAAUUCCCAGAGUUGCAGAAACUUUGGCAGGAAGGAAACAUGCUGGGCCGCAUGUCCACCGUGGACGAGCACCAAUCAUCGGUCGUGUUUUUGUUGUCCGACGGAAGCUCGUACGUGACUGCUACGGACUUGCGAGCCGAUGCCGGUCACUGCUCAUGGUAGAUGGUGGAGAGAGAAUACACCAGUUGUAGAUGUUCCACCUCCAAUGGAUCGAAUCAUGGCCAGAGUCCAAGCCGGACUUGCGGAGCUUAUUCUAAGGCGGGCGAAGGACGAUGCUCACGCUUCAGCCACAUUGUAUUCUAUGACCUGUAGCUAGUCAAAUCCAGAAUGCAAAUUUUCCUUUCCUUG